GUUUUAAUCCGGCAUCGUUUAAGCAGUCCUCACGCGCUGUCUCUCCGGAGGACCCCAUAGUCCAUUAUGGCAGCGCCCGAUGCAGCCUUAAACUGUGAGGACUUUUCAAUGUUUCAGGAAGCGCUGAAGGUGAUGCGCACCAUAGAUGACCGCAUUGUCCAUGCCCUGAACACCACUGUGCCCACUGUGUCCUUCUCUGGGAAAGUUGAUGCCACACAAACAUGUAAACAGCUCUAUGAAUCAAUGAUGGAGGCCCAUUUGAGUCGAGACCAAACCAUUAAAACCUGUAUAGCCCAAACGUCUGAAGUUGUGGGGCAGCUGCGGGAGGCGCGAGCAAAAGACGGGGACAACAUGGCCCUUUUAAAACAACUUAGAAAGGAACAGACCAAGUUAAAGCUGAUGCAAUCUGAACUUAAUGUUGAAGAAGUUAUUAACGACAGAAGUCUGAAGAUCUUUACUGAAAGGUGCAGAAUCCAUUACACACCUCCAAAGGUUGUAUGAGCCAGUGACCGGAGCCUGAGCUGAGAUCUGAAUCAUGACUGGAGUCUUGACACAGGCCAUUCACAUCCAGGACAGUCUGACCUCUGACAGCUAAUAUUCCACUGUUAUUUUGUCAUGCAUUUACAUUGCUGUUAAAACAGUCUUCUGUAUGCUCAUUUAUGGAGAGACAUUGUAUAAAUGC